AUGUCCAUCAUGAAUAUCUCAAGAGACAAAUGGCACAAGCGCAGGGCCACUGGUGGCUGUAUUGCAUUACUGAUGAAGAAGAGAAAAAUUCACACAGUGAGGACAAUGGGUGGAAACAAGAAGUACAGAACACGUAUCAUUGAUGUGGUGUACAACCUCUCCAACAAUGAGUUUGUGCGUACAAAGACACUGGUAAAGAGCUUUAUCAUACAGAUUGACUCUACCCUAUUUAGGCAGUGGAACGAGGCUCACUACACCCAGACGAAAUACGACAAAAAGAAAGAAGUCGAAGUGGAGCAAGCUUUGGAAAAACAAGUGGAUGGUUACAUCCUCGAGGGCAACGAGUUAGAAUUCAGUUCCAGGAAACUGAAGUCCAAGAAGACUAAAUAA